GUACAACCAAACACCUCAUUUGGUUUGGAGGUUUAGGGUCAUGCUUUCAUGGGACAUUCCAAUCAAUUGGCCUAAUACUGAUUUUAAUGCUUCUGUUCUACCUCCUACUUCUCUGUGUCGUACCUGGAAUCUUAAAAGUUUGUGAGUGGCCAUCCAAGGUACAACAAUUGGUCUGUAUUUGCCUGGAGCAGCAGCAGAGGAAGAAGGAGGGUCAGGAGUUGGAGGAGGAACUAGAACAUGUGAACAACUGCCUCCUUUGCCAGAACACCAGAAGAGCUGGAUGGUGCCAGGCUUUCAUUACUGAGUGAUUUGACCAAAGAUUCUGUAGAAGAAUCCUGACCAAAAGGGGGAAUAAUCUGGAACAGAACUGGAAAUUUUCAUAGAAUCCAGACUUUCUGGAGCUAUCGAGGCUGGAUGGACCCUCUGAAACUAUUGCCCUGAGGAAAUCUUUAAAACUUAAACUGAAACUAUCCCCUGAAGUCAUCUUUAAACCAAAUAAUAAUUUAGCUUAAUUAGAAAAGAAUGUCUGCGUUGUGCAUUGUGUUCUCCUGAAGAAUUAUCUAUAUGAGAUCAAAUGACAACAGCAGCCUUUUUACGAAGAUGGCGCCGAAAGCUAAGAAGGAAACCCCUGCCCCUCCCAAAACUGAAGCCAAAGCAAAGGCGUUGAAGGCGAAGAAGGCAGUGCUGAAAGGCGUCCAUAGCCACAAAAAAAAGAAGAUCUGCACUUCCCCCACCUUGCGGCGGCCCAAGACACCGAGGCUGCGAAGGCAGCACAAAUAUCCUCGGAAGAGCGCCCCCAGGAGAAACAAGCUUGACCACUAUGCCAUCAUCAAGUUCCCUCUGACCACUGAGUCAGCCAUGAAGAAGACAGACGAUAACAACACACUUGUGUUCAUUGUGGACGUCAAGGCCAACAGGCACCAGAUCAAACAGGCUGUGAAGAAGCUCUAUGACAUUGAUGUGGCCAAGGUCAACACCUUGAUUAGACCCAAUGGAGAGAAGAAGGCGUAUGUUCGACUGGCUCCUGACUAUGAUGCUUUGGAUGUUGCCAACAAAAUUGGGAUCAUAUAAACUGAGUCCAGCUGGCUAAUUCUAAAUAUAAAUUUUUUCACCACAAAAAAAAAAUGACAACAGCAAGUCGAAAGGUUAGGUGAGAAGUUUAGAGGGCAGUGAGUUUGUGUUGAUGAUAGUAAGACAAUUCAGAAAAAGAUGUCAAGAAAGGUGGCACAACUUGAAGAAUGUAACCAGUGUCACUGAACUGUAGAAAUUGUUAUAUGUUUUGCUGUGCAUGUCUUCACUCACACACACACCCCAAAACCGAUUUGUAAUUUUUAAAAUAUAUUUUAGAUAUGAUCCUUUUUAUGCUAAUAUUAUAAAUAUCUCCUCCCAGUCUGUCUUCCCUUUUCACUCUCUUAAUUUCUUUUGAUAAACAUAAAUUCUUAAUUUUAAUGAAGUCCAAUUUAUCAAUAUUUUCUUUUGUGGUUAUCACUUCUUGGGUUCUUUUUAAGAACUCAUUGCCUACCCAAAAGCCUUGAAGAUACACUUUUUUUUUCUUCUAGAAGUUAUAUUGUUUUAUCCUUCAUAUUUAGGUCAAGGAUACACUUCAAAUUAAUUUCUGUAUAUGGUAUGAACAUAGGGAACAAGGCUCUUUUUGAUGACAUCCAGUUAACCCAGCAGAACUUGAGAGACUAUCCUUUUCCUACUGAAUUGUAGUGGUUCCCUUGUCAUAAAUCAGGUGACUUCUUUCUGUUUCAGUGAUCUGUUUGUCUAUCCUUGAACCAUCAAUAUUACAGUCUUAAUUCCUGAAACUUUUAUACUAAGAGUUUAUAGACUGGUAGCAUAAAUCCUCCAGCUUUGUUCUAUUUCAAGAUUGCCUUGACUAUUCUAGGUCCUUUGCAUUUCCCUAUAAGUUUUAGAAUCAAUUUGUCAAUUUCCACUGAAAAUAAGAAACAUAUUGAGAUUCUGACUAGAAUUUUAUCAUGUCUAUAGAUCAAUUUGGCAAUAACUGAUGUUUUAACAACAUUGAGUUUUCUAAUCCAUAAACAUAGGCACCACUGCAUUUAUUCAGGUCUUCAUUAAUUUCAGCAAUGUUGUGUAGCUUUCAGCGUAGAGGUCUUACACAUCAUUCAUUAGAUUUACUGCUAGGUAUUUCGUUUUUUGGUGGAAUACUAUUAUAGAUGAUGUUUUAAAUUUUCAUUUUUUAAUUACUUGUUAAUUGGUUUUUGUAUAUCUUACUAAAUUCAUUUAUUAAUUCUAUUAGUUUGUAGAUAGGUUUGAGUUUUAUACAUACCCGAUCAUGUCAUCUAUUAAAAGUGAGUCCCCUUCCGUCUUUAUACUUUUGUUUUUCAUGCCUUAUCACUAUGGUUAGAACCUCCAAUACAAGGUUGAAUGUAAGUGGUGGUAGUUGACAUGCUUGUCUUGUUCCUAAUCUCAAGGGGAAAGAGCUCAAUAUUUCACCAUUACACAUGAUGUUAUCUGUGUGUAUGUGUGUGUGUGUUUGUAGAUAAGCCUUAUUAGGUUAAGGAAGUUAAUUUCUAGUUUGCUCAAAGUUAUUAUAUAAUACCUAUUUCUAGUUUGCUAAGAGUUAUGAUCUUUUCCCUUUUGAAAGGCUGUAGUUUGUGUAUGGGGGAGUGGGAUGGGGCCAGGUGUGAGGAGAUGUCAGCUUGCUGCAGAAGAAACCCUGGGGCCCAUGCCAGCAAUAUUGUUGGGGUAUUGCUAGCCUUUCCACCAGCAGUCCCUGUGGGCUCAUCAUCAUCGGGUCAUCUGUAGCUGACUGUCCUUUUGUAGUAGUUGGCUGUGACAGACACUACUUGUGCUCCCUGAUACACAGUUAGAUACUUCCCUGCUUCUUGAAGUUAGGUGAGAACAAGGCAAGUUGAAGUUGGGAUAAAGCAAGUCUGACACCUUUACCUUCCUGGGGAAAGUAAAAGCAAUUACCUUCUGACUAUCCUAGGGACAUACACCAGGACAGUGGCCCAUCUCAGCUCAAUGGAGGCUGAAGAUUCUAAGAUUUUCAGAUUUGAACCAAGUAGUAGCUGGAAGAGGAGAAAAGUAAGCUGGCCCAGACAUUAUAUUCUGAGAACAAGACAUGACCUGGGUUGAUGAAAGUCAACGGAGCUGGAGACAAAAGGCAGAUCCUCUUUCACAGUCUGGAAGCCAGAUUCAGAGAGGGAUCUGACCCAGGGACAGAUUCAGGGAGAGGUUAUAUAGUGAAACCUGCGAGAGCCAGAACUCGAUGGGACCACCUUGUCUUUCCAGGUCUUGCAAGUCAUGUUCUGCCUUUGACAGGGUGCAUUCUUACCACUGUUCUGUUGCUUGUUUUAGUGGAAAAUAUUUGCGUUUUCCUUCUCUGACAGGUUUCCGCCUUACAUAGGUUCCGGCUUUUGCAGGUUUUACCAUAGUUGGUAUGGGGUGUCCUGGGAUUGCUUGCCUGUCAAGAAGGCCUUUAGACACUUGCAGAAAAUGGGCCUCAGAUUCCUGUUGUCUACAGUCUAGAGAUAAGCCCAGUGCCAGGGUAUAGGCAGCUCCAAGACCUAGUGCCCCUGGGAACUGAGCUAAGCCU